CAACAGAAGAACACAUGAAAACCCCUCGUACAUCUACAGCUCAUGGUCCUCAGACUGCAGGAGUUCAGGCUGGAACUUCAGAGAUGGAGUGGGUUCCUCCAGCUCACAAACCUCCUGAUCUUUCUUCUGUAGCUACACCAUCUAAAGAGUCCUCUCCUCUGUCCAGCCUCCCUUCAUCCCUGCAGCUUACAGUCAGUCCAGAAAACACAGCGUUCCUGCCACUCCUUCAAGCAUUAGUCUACCUCCUCCUCAAACUCUUCCUCACCUUCAUCCUCCUCUUCCUGCCACGCACACAGCAACGAAGAGCUUCCACCAAACCCGACUGCUCCUUCCACAGCGGCCCGUGCCUGAAAGACCGACACAUUGUCAACGGGCGUACGGGUCGUCGUUCGACCCUCAUCUGCCCCGAGCGACUUAAAGAUUUUGGAGCUGAGGAAUACCUCAACGGAGACGUGAAGGUCUUUGAGACCAGAGUCACAGAAGCACCAGAGGUCCAGUUAACAUCCACACCCAAACCUUCAGCUAAGAAAGGCACAGAGAGCGAGUCCGCAUCUAAACCAGCGAGCGAGUCUCUCCGCUUUGAGGACAUCAGCGCUGCGGCCUUUCAACUCCAAACGUCUGGAAUUCAGAAAACUCCCUGCAGCUACUCUAGACUCUCCAAACAGUAUGGGGUGGAAAUUUACCUGAAGAAAGAGCAUCUUCAUUACACUGGAUCUGUGAAGGAGAGAGGAGUUCUGUACUUGCUGUCCUCAUUACAACAGGAACAGCAGAAGAAGGGUGUGAUCGUGGCCACGGACUGUAACUUCUCAAUGGCAGUGGCUCAUCACGCUGUAGAGAUGAGGAUUCCAGUAUUCGUCAUCAUGCCGGCACAAACCUCCCCGGCCCGGCUUCGUAUGUACAGAGACUACGGCGCCAUGGUGAUCUCGUACGGCAGCACUGCCCGAGACUCGGCCAAUCACGCUCGUCAUCUCGCCAAAGAGAACGGAUAUCUGUGUCUGGAGGAACAUGACAACAGUGUUUAUCUGGCUGGUCUGGGUACAGUGGGGAUUGAGAUCUGUGAGCAGGUGUCUAAACUAGACGCUGUCAUCGUUCCUGCGGGCGGUCACUGCGGUCUGCUGGCAGGGACGGCGGCUGCCAUCAAACAUCUGAACCCUCGCAUCCGUGUCAUAGGAGCUGAACCAGAGGAGUUUCCACUUCUACUGCAGUCGCUCAAAACAGAUUCACCUAUCAAAGAUCUCUCCUGUAACCCCAAUAAAAAACUUUACAGAGAUUUAGUGGAGCACUCGCUGGGGACGCUGACAUUUCAGCUGGCUAAGAAAAUGGUGGACAAAGUGAUUUCUGUGAGGGAGACAGACGCUCUGUUGGCCAUGUUGAGAUUUCAGGAGUAUGAACACUCGACCGUGGACACCGAGGGAGCGAUGGGUUUGGCUGCUAUCUUAGCCGGUCAACUGCCAGAACUUAAAGGCAAAAGGGUUGCUAUAGUGGUGAGCGGUGCUAACAUGGAUCUGGACGUGAUGAUGCAGUGUGUGGAGCGAGCUUUGGUCCUAGAUGAACGAGUCACUCGCUUUACUGUACAGAUGGGCGACUGGCCUGGAGACAUGGCCAAACUACUGGACGUACUGGCUCGAGAAGACGUCCGGCUGUUGGAUGUUUGUCACAGGAGAUACAGUGAUAAAUCCGAUCUCUUUAAAGCUCAGGUCGAGUGUGUUGUUGAAACAUCUGAUAAAACUCAGAACUGUCAACUUAGACGAACGCUGUCUGACCGAUACCCAACACUGCGCUGGCUGGACUGAUGAAAGAUGAUCAACACACACACACUACACUACACACACACACACACACACACACACACACACACAAACAAUUAUCUCAGCAUUGCAAUUAAACUGCUGCUUAGAUCCAUGUGAUAAAACAUUUAGAAAGAAAACACAUCUUACAAAUACUAUUAUUAUUAUUAUUAUUAUUAAUAUCAUCAUCUUCACCAUCAUUAUCAUCAUCAUCAUUAUCAUCAUUAUUAGUAAUAUUAUUAGUUGACAAAUAUACAGAUCUCCAGAUUGUAUUCAUUCUUAUCAGUUUUUUGCUGUAUAAAUACUUUUGUUUAUAGUUAUUAUUUUAAACUAGCUGU